AUGACUUCAAAACUCUUAGAAGAAAGAUAUCGUGAAGCACUCAGAGAAUUGUCCGUCUCCUCCCGAGACAAUAUGAUGUGUGUUGAUUGUAUGAGCAAGAAGAAGACCUCCUUCAUUGUUCUCCAAUUUCAAAGUUAUAUUUGUGAGAUGUGUGCCGAUGUACAUCGAACAUAUGGUCAUCGUGGAGUAAAACAAAUUGGAUUAUCCAAUGUUACUAAAGAAGAGGUUGAAGAGAUGAGACAAGGUGGUAAUCAAAAGGUUAAAGCCGCUUGGUAUGGUGGAAAUUAUGAUCAAAUUGUUCGUCCAAAUCCUGAAACAUGUGCCUCCGAUAAGGAAUUUAAAGAAAAGGCUAAAGAACACAUCAAGAAGGUUUAUAUUCAAAGACUUUAUAAGACUGGUGGUGGUUCUACUCCUGGAAAUGUUGGUAAUUCCAAUACAACCACUACUACUAAUACAAAUCAACAAUCUUCGACUCCUAUCGGAUCAAAUAAUAAUAAUCAACAAAUGCCAUACAAUAACGUUCAAUACAAUAAUGGAGGCAUUGAUACUAGAACAAGAGGUGCUAGUUUGAAUACUACACAAUAUGCUAAUUUGAAGACAACCAAUUCAGCUUCAAUUAUUCAAUCAUCAAAUAUUAGUGGUUGGUUGGUAAUGCAACAACCACAACAACAACAACCAAUGAUGAAUCAACAACCACCACAACAACAAUAUGGUCAACCACAAAUGAUGAAUCAACCACAAUAUGGUAAUAACAAUAAUUAUCCACCAAAUAAUAAUUAUAAUAAUAAUUACAAUAAUAACUUUAAUCAAGGAAUGUCAUAUGGAAACAAUCAAAUGAUGAAUAAUAAUGGUGGUUAUGGUGGUUAUAACAAUAAUAACAUGAUGAAUCAACAACAACCAAUGAUGAACAAUGGUUAUAACAAUAAUUAUGGAUACAACAAUAAUGGCAUGAUGAAUCAACAACAACCAAUGAUGAACAACAAUAAUGGUAUGAUGAAUCAAAAUUAUGGUUAUGGUCAACAACCACAACAAUAUAACAACAUGAACAAUAACUAUAAUAACAAUAUGGGUUAUGGUCAACCACAAGGAAUGCAAUACGGAAACAACAAUCAACAACCAAUGAUGAAUAACAGUAGACCACAAAUUUCCUCUCCACCACAAACUCCACCUGUUAAUAAUAAUAAUAACAACAACUAUGGAAUGACACCAACCAAUGUAAAUAUUAGUCCAAGACAACCAUCCCAACCAUCCAUGCCUAUCAAUCCUAUGGGAUACAAUAAUCAAUAUGGUACUCCAAUGACUCCAAGUCAACCACCUCAAUCUACUAUUACUCCUGUCAAUCCAUACGUUGGCACUUCACCAAGAAGUAAUAACAUUCCAACUCCACCUCCAACCAAUCUUAAUGUUGUUUCUCCAUCAAGAAGUGCAAGCAUGCCUCCAAAGUCAACUCCUCCAUCAUUUGGUUCAACAAGUACCAUUAAUCAACCUCCUACUUCUGUUCCACCAAGACAACCAUCCCAACCAGUUAGAACUCCAUCAAUGGCUUCAUCAACAAUAUCAGUUCCAAGAAAAGAGGGUAAUAAUGAUAGUUUGUCAAACCAAUUCAACAACAUGUCUCUUUCAUCAUCAACCAAGCCAGUCACCACUUCAACAGUUCCAAAGAGUACUCCACCAUCUACUGCUACCACUUCCACUUCCACAACAGGUCAAAAGCCACCUGUAGGAGUUACUAGUGGUGCUGGUCUUCUUGUUGGUUCAACUAAAAAGAUUGAUUCUUCAGAAUUUGAAAAGGCAACCACAACUGGUGUACAUAUGGACGAUCUUCGUGGUAAUGCCAGUAAGGACAAUACUAAAUUCAAGGAAAUCAAUCCAAACAGAGUCAUUCCAUUGAAGCAAACUACUGAAUGGCAAUAAUUGAGAUGUGUAAAUAAUUAAACCACCCAACAAUUGUUUUAUUU